CUUUGUGACAGGAUGUCAAAUACUCAAGGUAGCUUUGAUACCUGGGCACAAAUUCCAUGAGGAAAAGCAAACACUUGUCUGCUUUUAAUUGAACAGUAAAGACUCCAUUUCACAGGGAUGGCUUUCCAAACCCCUGGGAUUUUUUCUUUGUUGUUUCUGAUUUCAGUCAGCAUUUUACUUUUCAUUUUAUCCUGGGCAUAUUUGUCAGAAAACUUGAGCUGGACUGCUCUCUCAGGAGGACACAGUGAUGACGACUGGUUGUUUGAUGAUAAUGUUACAUUAUGGUAUAAAAGAGGAAACUGGACUCUGGUGCCUGAUGUGGUUAUCAAAAAAAUUCACGAGUCCCUCGGAAUAAAAUCAGUAACAAAGCUAAAACCUGAUCAAGUGAAAACCACCAUACAUGGACCUCCACCUGUGCCUGAGACUCCCAUGCCUCCACUCUCCAAAAAGGACUUUGAGAAGCUUCCCCAGUGGGAUUUUGAAGAUGUUUAUAACCAGGACGCCCCACCCAGACAGACAACCUGUGCCCAGUCUCUGCGAAACUCUCAAGAUGAGAGCUUCAAGAAGGCAUUCCUCCCCAAUAUUUGCUUGUUCCUGCACAAAGAUAAUAUGAACAUGAGCGAGUGGAACCGACUCUCACAUUUUAACAAUCCUUUCGGUUUCAUGGAGUACAAGUACAACGAUGUGAUGGCUUCAGUGAAGUUGAUCCCAAAGCCAAAGGAGCCUUUGCUCCCUCCAAAACCAGGCAGUGGUGGCUGUGUGCGCUGUGCUGUGGUGGGCAAUGGGGGGAUCCUCAAUGGCUCUAAAAUGGGGAAAGAGAUCGAUUCGCACGACUACAUUUUUCGGAUGAACGGUGCAGCCAUCACAGGUUAUGAGGAGGACGUAGGUUCCAGAACAUCAGUGUACGUUCACACAGCCCACGCCAUCACUACAUCACUUUAUGUAUUCAGGAAGUACGGAUACAAAUCUGCCCCUCAUGACGAGGUAUUGAAAUUCAAGCAACAAUGAAUAUAAAAUACUGUGCUGAUUCCAGAGGGGAUGAGGGAUUUCAACUGGCUCAAGGGUCUUCUCAAAGGAGAAAGGAUCGCUGAAGGCCCCUAUAAAAACAAGCGGCCAAGGACAUACUAUAGUGGGCAGUACAACGAGAGCCGCUUCUACGUUCUACACCAGGACUUCCUCAGAUACGUACGAAACAGGUUCUUGAAGUCUCCUAAUCUGAAUGCUAGAUUCUGGGCAAUAGUGAGACCAACCAAUGGGGCGUUUGCUCUCUUCCUGGCUCUGCACACCUGUGACACAGUGAAUGCAUAUGGAUUCAUGACUGAGAACUACACGAAAUACCCCAACUACUAUUUGGAGAGACAUGCUAAAACCAGUGUUAUUUUCUACAUCAACCACGACUACAUCCUGGAGAUGAAAACAUGGAAAAAACUACAUGAUGCUAAAAUAAUAAAACUAUAUCAAAGACUUGACUCAGAAACAGGGACAGAAAAGCCAAAGCCACACUUACAGACAGAGAAUGGCAUCAAGAACUAAGGUCAUUUUACUAGAAGCAAAAAAACAAACAAACCAAAAAAAACAAAAAAACAAAGCGGUUUACUUUCCUUGGACAAUGUGACGGUGUGUGACUUCCAGUUUGUUCCUUUUUUCCUCCAGUCCUGCUGCGACAGUGGAAAUCAACAUGCCAACUAACUGAAGAGAAAAACUUAUAUUGAUAGAUUUGAUAGAUAGAUGUUUUUCCUUGCACAAUAUCCUCCUGAGAACCAAGGGAAAAAGUGUCUUACAAUUUCUGUUUUUGUGAUUUCCUAUCUAUUUGGGCCAAAAAAAACACCUUACAAUUUAAAUUUUUUUAAAUAUAUUUUUUAUUUUAAUUUCACAGUAUGUCCAUUGUAGAGGACAACAGGACGAUAUCUGUGUGAAAAUAGAACUAAAUUUAGAAAACAAGAAAAAAGGCGCAGAUUAUAUCUUUGGCUUGGAAGGGUAACUCCAAAUACUUAAGAAAGAUAAAGGUGAACAAAAUGUCCAUUAUAAAGGACAUAAAUGAAUGGGCCGGGUCUCAGGAGGAUAUAGAUAUUCUAAUAUUGACUGGACCCUUGUUGAUAUAGAUGGGAUGGACAAUAUACUAAUAACAAAUAUACUUGAUGCAAUUUAACACCACCUCAGGGAAAACUGUUUCAAUAAAUAAUGCACAUUAUAACCAUCAUGAGAAUAGGAUUUAUAGAAGGCAUUAUUAUUAUUCAAGAGGCCAUUGAAUAAAAGGAAGGACAAGUCUUUAGGUUGUAAAUACUAACAUGUAAAGAUGAAAAUGCUGUAGCAGAUCAUUUAUGGGUUUAGCUUACAUUAUGGACAUUUUCAGUGUUGCAGUUUUAGAGUUAAUUACAAACAAGUAAUGUCAGCAUUUAUGAAAGUGCUGCUUUGUCUAUCUCCUCUUGUUUAUAGCACAGAAUCUGAUUCAGGAUACUGUUAAGGUUAAAAUGUAAGAAUACUGCUCACCGUUGUUGCAGAUAUAUUCCAGAUGUCUUAUGUUAGUGCAGAAAUAUUAGUAGUAAUAAUAAUAAUAUUAGAGGCAAAGCUUUACAGACUGCGUCAAUAACAAAAUAACAAUAAUGAUUUAAUUCAGUACCAGGUUGGCAUUAGUUCAAAUUCGGCAUAGUGAUUUAUCGAAUUGUAUAGGUGUGCAAAAAUUGAAGAACAAGCCAUGUGAAAUUCUUGAAAUUACAUACAGGUCUAUAGCAUAUAUUGCAACUGUACUAACAAGGUGCUUUAACCCUGUAACCCCAGUUUCAGACAGGUUAUUCAGUCUGCUUAGUCAGGAUCUUAAUCUGCAUGUGUCAAUACAUGUAGGCGGGAAUGAGGAAGAUUAAAAAAACAAGCCCGCAUUUUGUUUUGGCUAUUUGACCAAACAUGUCUGUAGAUUAAACUGAACAGAAAACUCUC